UUUUUUAUUUUUUUUUAAAUACAAAUUUUACAAAUAUACUUAUUUGCAGCACAAACUACGUGCAAGUGAUAUUGUGUUUUUAUUUAUUUUAAAGUAUAUCAUGUCCUCUGCGUACGUAACACAAAACCGUACAAAAACAAAUACGCUAUUUUUUUAUUUUGUCCCAAAAUACUCGCCGUAGUCAAAAUGUCGGCGGGGCGAUGGAUGACGGAACCAAGAUGAAAUUCGUUUGCUUCACAAAAUUAAGUACAUGUUAUUUAUUUGUAGAUAUAUUGUAGUUGUGUUUCAUGGCUUGGAGUAAUGUCGUCUUAGGCAUAAGGAGCAAAAGUCACUGUAAAUGUUGGUCAUCGAAACCUCGCUGCCAGGUGAAGGAGAGGCUUAGCAGUCGAUGCUAAGUUAUGCUGCAUUGAUAUAAUUAAGCCACCCAGGACAAACAAAAGAGCUGACAGGUGUAAAGGGCCAGUCGUUUCAUCACUUUUGAGAACUGCAAAGGGGAUCAUGGCCGACCCACUCGUAACCUUCCAGUCGCAGCUUUCCGGUGUGAUGGAGACGGUAUUCAAAGCCGCUAUGUAUGAGAUCACCAGGCUUGUGCAGGACAGUUUCGUGGAGGAGGUCGCACGGUGCAGGGAGCAGGUCGAGCGCCUAAAGAGGAGACUAAAGUGGUCGGAGAGCAAACGCAAAGAGCCACAGGGCGACAGAGGACUGAAAUGUGCAGACUUCAGUGCACUGCAAGUGCCCAACAAAGAGAAGCCAAAAGUGAUGCAGAUAGAAAAAAACCUUAAACAAGAGAGUGAACUGCAAGAAGAUAUGCAAAGCCAAGAAGAUGCUGCUGGACAUCCUUCUCGUAUGGAAGAGGAGGUCUGUGUCGAUAUGAAAGUGUCACAGUCUUCAAACGUGCCAAAUCUAGAUCGGCUGCUGGAGGAAGCCCUUCGCAUUACACCCGAAGCUAAAGAUUCCGAGGACGUAGAUGAAGCAGAGACGUCAGUUCUGCCCGGGCCAAGUAAACACUCACACAUAAACUGGGGAGCAAGCUUUGACCAGACGUUGGAAUCUUCUCAAAGUGUCCACUUGGAAACACCUCUGGAGGGCAGGUAUAUGAUGGAUGACUUUAAAAAGACUAAUUAUGGAGACAUGAGCAUGGAUGAUGUUGCUAGUUUGGAACUACAAGGAUCCUCGCAACCAGGCGCAGACAUGACUUUUACCAGUCACUAUGAAGGGGAUAGAGACGCACCGGAGGAGGCUAAGGAACAAACUUUCCAAACAGGUGAAGUGAUGUAUGGGGGCGGCUCAAGAGCUGACAUAGAUUUAAGAGAAUUAUCUUGUUUGCUGAUUAACGAGGACGGUUACAUUCAGAACCAGAGCCUCAUGCAUGCUUCAAGCAGUUCAAGCCAAAGAUUGAGCUACCAGGACCAAGGCGACACAUCUUUGGUUAGCACAGGAGAUCUGUAUGGGUCCUCGAAAGCGUUCCCUGCUUGUGAUAACGCACAUUUUAGAGCAGUGAGAGGAGCGAGGGGCCGUUUUUGUAACCAACGCUCUCUCUCCUUUCCUCACUCUGCUGCCCAUUUUGCACACAAGCAAACACACGGAGGUAGCGCUCCACCGUGCUCCUGUGAGCACUGCAAAAAAACAGUCACUCCAGCCUGUAACCUCGACGUCAGCCAGAGGAUCCAUUCAAGGCAGGAGCUUCACCAUUGCAGCCGUUGUGGUAAAAGUUUCUCAUCGUUCUCUGACCUGAAGACACACAAGUGUGGCCAGUGCGGCGACAAACGGUACUGCUGCGGCGUGUGCGGGAACAAAUUCAGCCGUUUGUGGAACCUGAAGCUGCACCAAAGAAUCCACACUCAAGAAAAACCACAUCAGUGCGCCACAUGUCACAAGAGCUUCACGCGAGCUGAUAUAUUAAAGGUGCACCAGCGUACCCACACAGGAGAAAGACCAUACUGCUGUACCGUGUGCGGCCUUAGCUUUAAACGCCUGGAUCAUCUGAGAUCACAUCAACGCAAACAUUUGACACAUCUGUAGAGGCGUGAAUAUCAUAAUCAAACACUUUUUUGAUGCUUGUUAUUUUAGCUAAAUUAUGUCCUCUGGUUACUUCAUUUCUUUACUGUUCCUACAUUUUUUGGUAAUGAUAAAAUUAUAUUUGUUUGAAAAUGUAACAGAAGGAUUAAUAAGUUGUUCUUAUGUCUAGGAUUCCACUUUAUAUCAGGCUGUAUUAAUUAGUGUUAGGAAUGUUGUCUCUUUUAAGAGAGUCUGUUCUUUUGCCCCGACUCCCUUACAAACAUCAGUCUCUUUCGACUCCCAAACAACUCCUCAAAUUUUGUUGUUGCUUAUUGACUUAAUUUAUUACCCAAAUUCAUGCAAUUAAAUUUUUUUGUGUAAAAAUAUAAAUCACAUGUUUAAGGAUUACAAUCUAGUUGUGUGUAAUAUUUUGUACUUUUCAAACUAUUUACAGUGAAAUAAAAAUUAUAACGACAAAAUAUGAAUGAGUAUGUAAAAUGUAAUGAGAAAGCUGUAUCCAGGUAACAGUUUUUGCUCACGUUUAGCAAAUGUUAGCAUUCUGAAACAAACAAUCUUAAAUUUUGUUUCCUGCUACUCAUGUUCCCCACCUUUCCAGCAUGUGGUCUCUAAUUGUGUAGCAAUAUUCUUUCACCCCGUUCUUUCCCUCCUGUCUGUGUGCCCACGAUUGUGUUGUGUGUGUGUGUAACACACCAACACCUCCACUUCUGCUCAGUGUCGACACAACGCCAGAUUUCCACUGGAUGCGAAACGGCAACAUGAUGGCGGCGGAUUCUUUCCGUUUCCAUUCAAGUCAAUGUGUCGAUAUCAACUGUUGCAGAACCACUUGCGCAUGGUGACACCAUGCCGGUGGCGUAUCGCGUUACUGUGCUAAAUGUACACAGAGAUUCUAUAUUUUAUAUUUAUUUGAUAUAUUAUAUAUAUUUUAUACUUCUAUAUUUCUUUUUUUUUCCCUUUGAUGCGCCUGAAAGAAUGACUGCAUAUCACAGUAGCUCCUUUGAAUUCCUCCUUUUUACUUUUUUUGGUAUUAUUCUCAACUUUUCUUGCUUUUUGUAAUCACUUAUCUUUAUUUUCCUUGUGGAUCAAUAAAGUUUGUCUAAGUCUAAAAAUUUUUUUAACAAUUUCCCUUGUGGAUCAAUAAAGUUUGUCUAAGUGUGUAUUUGCCAGAAGGCACAACACAGCGGAUCAAUUUAGCUAACACUAAAUAAAUUAUCCUGUUUACUUUCAAAAUAAAAUACUCUGUGUUCUAAGCAAAUCAUAUUUUACACUUUGAAACGUCCUAAUGGGCGGAGACGGACUAGAAGUCAACUUGUCAAAAAUAAUUUCGCAUUGUUGACACACAUGGAUAAGACAUGCUGAUUUUGUAGGUCCAAAAACAAAGAAUCAUACAAUAUUACAGGAUGGACAGCUAUUUCGGGGCCUUUGUCAAAUACCAGCUGAUACGGAGGCUGGGGAAGCAGUGGAGUGGUUGAAUGAGAAGUGUUGUUUGUGUGUGUGCACAACGCUUGCCAUGGAUGAUGUUACUGUUGAGUUAUUGCUUGGUACAAAUAAUAAAAGUAAACUAGUCGUUCUGCAAGGCAAAACUGUCGUAUUUUCCACGGAUCAAGUCAGUGCCAUCACAGACGCCCGCCCGCCUACGUGUACUGAUACGGCCAAGCUCAAGACGUUCCCCGGUGUUGCCGUUCAGCAGCCUUUACUUAUUCCGAAUGGCAGGACCAAGUUCAUUUGCUUCAGCUCCUCUGGGAGGACAGAAAAAUAUACUUUUGUUUCGAUUUACUACAACUCCUCACCGCGUGAUUACGUGCGGAUUCGCGUGAUCUCGUAGAAGUCCACGCUACUUCACUGCACGGCGGAGCAGCAUCAAUGCGCAUCAGAACGGCGGUGGGGAUGGGCGAAUGGCGGAGAUGUUCAGUAGCGGCGCCGUUAAGCAGCCAUUGCGCAUCCAGUGGAAAUCUGGGGUAAGACUUCACACUGGGGAAAAAAACACAUCAAUAGUACUUAUGAUUUAAUGCUCUAACUCAGACCUGGGCAAAUUAAGGCCCGGGGGCCGUAGGUGUCCCGUUGAGCUUUUCAAUCUGGCCCGCCGGACAUUCCCAAAUAAAGUUUUUAGAUCUUUAAGAGGGAAACUGUAGCUGCCAUUAUGAUGUGCAGUGAUGUUUUCAAAUUACCGUAAGUCUUGAACUAUAAAAAGUAUUUCAGUGGUUGCGAUCUGCACUUUUGCAUGAUGUACUAGUUACUAUGGUAAUCUAAGUCACCGCAGCUCAGACGAGGCAUCAAGCACUGUGGGUGGGGAGCGUUUCCACAGAGUGUUUCCAGAGCGGCCUAGUGACAUAUCAGAUAUAUCAGAUUGUAGGUGGGAUUUUUUUUUACCCUUCGCGUUCAUAUUUCGCUGUGUUUGUUGCGUUUCGCUUUAUUGUAAAAUAUCGAGAAGGGGUGUGGCGUUCAUUUGUUGUCAAUAUUCAGUGUUUUAUCGGUCAUGGUUGAUAUUGUAAAUCCCACAUUCUUUAUUUUCAUGUACAUUCUGGGUGUCUCACUCAGUAAAAAAAACUUACAAUUCCAUCAUGUUUUUUAAGGCGGUGUGUCAUAACGUUUUUAGCUUUCAAUCAGACAUUGUGAGGUUUUGUAUUAGUGUUCCUAAAAAUCAAUUAUAUCCGGCCCCCAGACACAUUUGUUUCUCUAAAUUUUGCCCCCUGAGUCAAAAUAAUUGCCCAGGCCUGCUCUAACUCAAUAACAACUGAGCAUGCAUGGUUUUGUGUUACAAUUAUAUUUCAAACCUUUAUAUCAUAUGAUGAGCUUUUAUCUUAUCAACUCUCCUAGAUAUACUUUUACAAAUAGAGUACAAAUGGAAACAUGUUUUAUACAUUUGACCAACAUUCUAUAAUUCAAAAUCUAGAAACAACUUAAUUGCGUGUAACAAAUGAAAAUUAGGGGAUUGUAAUAUUGUGUUAUUUACUAGGCUUAUGGAAAAAAAUCCUAAUUUGGAAUUUCAAUUCGAUUUAUUUGAAGGAUUGGGAUUUGGAUCGACUUGACACCACUCAAUGGAUGUUGAAAUCAAUCAAUCAAUCUUUAUACCACAUGAAGUAGAAUUAAACGCAUCAUAAAUCAUUUGUCAUGUUAAACAAAGGUUUUGUCUUUAAUACUAAAACAAUUUCAACUCUAAAUGUAAGUACACAUUCCCUCUAUUAAAUAUAUAAUUCUGGGACUUUUUAAACUCUAAACGUAAGCACACAUUCCCCCCAUUAAAUGAAUAAUUAUGGGAAAUUAAGUAUUUGUUAAAUUAUUUUUCAUAAAUUGUAUG